UCGAAGAGCAUGUCUCAAACAGCCAAAGUUUCCCUGUGGGUACUGAGUAGGUGAGAUACCGUUUCCCCCGGCCAUGUAAAAUCUCCAACUCCCAGUCCCCCACCAAUAAUAUACCCGAUUAUUCUCUUCCCUGCCUAAGUCCUAACUACUAUUUCCCUGCGUAUUGUCUUCGAUUUUUGUUUUCUCCAUUUUUAUCCUCUUCGAUAAUAUACCCGAUCCAUGAUGGCUUUGCAAAACCUAAACUUCCUCCCGAGUCCCAUCUGUCCAGCCACUGAGAAUCAUGCCGUUACAAUCUCAUCCUCUUUAUGCUCUUCUCCUAAUGAGCUCCGGAUUUAUCGGGGGAGAAGUACACGGGUGCCAUCACUUUCGCUGGUGGUAUGGGCUUUAGACAAGAACAGCGGCAGCAGCCGCAGCAAUAACGCUGGUAAGAAAGCGGCAGUACCCAACUCAAAUUACGUGGUGCCUCUAGACAAGUCCCCUUGCUUUAUGCGCCCACUCGAAGAGAUUCUCAGAGACCUCAACAAGAGGGUCCCCAGCAAGAUCAUUGAUCCCGAUUCAAAUUACAUCCCCUGGUACCAUGCUAACAGGAUGUUGAGCUUCUAUGCCCCAGCAGGUUGGUGUGGAGAAGUACGUGAUGUUAUAUUCUCUGAAAAUGGAAGUGUGACUGUGGUUUAUCGUCUCACCAUACGCGGAUCUGAUGGAGAGGCACAUCGUGAAUCAUCUGGAACAGUAUCCUCAAGUGAUGGCAGCCUUGAAGAUCCUGUUGCUGCAGCCGAGGAAAUGGCUUUCUGCAGAGCCUGUGCUCGAUUUGGCCUUGGCCUGUAUUUAUAUCAUGAAGAUGAGACAGUAUAGGAAGGGGUAUUAAAAGCAGUUAUAAGCUUUCACAUAUUUAUUGUGGAACCACGACUGUCUACUUGUUAUUCCACUUUUUUUUUGUUUGUUUCCUGAUGGAUAUGUUAAUCCGCUUUGUUGGGAACUCUGAUUCAUACGUCUUCCUUUCCGUUAAUGUAAAUAUUGUGUAAUACUCUUCAUCCGGCUUUUUGUGUGAUGUUGCUAGUUUGAUUAGAGAAAACCAUAUUAGAGAUUGCAUUA